CAUGUGGAGGUAUGCCACUUCAAAAGCGUGAGUCGGACCGCGGUCUCCCAGCGUUAACAGUGGUCUUGAUCUCGUGCAACCACUGUUAGCUGCCAGCUGAUCCGCUCCAGGCCCCAAAGCAGGGAGAGCGCUGAGCGGAGCGGCUCGGAUUGGAUGUGAGUGGAGCGGAGCGGAGUGGAGAGCGCAAUGCUGCGACAGCUGGUUACUGCUACUGUUAUUGGCGACUGUGAUAGGGGCGCAGUAACUUGGCCCACACCGACGACUCGACAGUUUUGAACGGAACUUGCUGGUGUUUGGAUCGCAGCUGCGCCGAUCUCCGCGAGGCUAACGCCACCGACUACGACGAAUACAAAACCCAAUUUGUGCACAAUAUUUUUUUUUGUUUGUUUUCCGUUUCGUGCUAACUAAACCAUUUGUGCUGGUGAUCUCCGUAUGAAACAGAAUAUUCCGAAUUUUCGAGCAGUGUGUCCAUAGAAUAAUUGCCUUCAAACGCCAUUGGCAGCCCUUCUUCCAUCACAUCCGCAUGGCCAUGUCCCGAAUCCGAAACCGAAUGCGAAACCGCAUCCUGGAGCCCAUGCAGCAGAACCUGCUCCUCCUGCCACUGCUGCUCCUCCUCCUGAUCGUUGGCGAGGCAGCGGCUGGCUCCUUGGUCUCCCCGAACAAUAGGCAGCCAUCGCAGCGCUUCUUCUACGCCGCCGCCACGUCCUCCUUCUCCUCGCAGACCAAGGUGCGCCUGCUCCGCCAGGCGGACGAUCCCAGUGCGUCGGGUGCGCCGGGUGCGCCGGGUGCACUGGAGGGCAGCUGCUGCCAAGGAGCGGCCGCGGAAUCCGGAAAACCAUUGACGCUGCCACUGGCCGUGUCCGCAGAGCUGACCAACGUGACCAGCGCCGACUACGAUGUCUCCGGCGAGAUGUCCUCCUCCAAGGAAAACUUUAAGCGCAGCAUCAUGAAAUCAAGCGUGAGGAAUGCGACGCCGGCGAGCUGCUCCCCGCAACCGACGAUCGUGGAGCUGAAGCCGCCGGCGGAGGACGAGGCGAACUACUACUACAUGCCCGCGUGCACGCGGAUCAGCCGUUGCAAUGGGUGCUGCGGAUCCACACUGAUCUCCUGCCAGCCGACGGAGGUGGAGCAGGUGCAGCUGCGGGUGCGCAAGGUGGACCGGGCGGCGACCGGCGGACGGAGGCCGUUCACCAUCAUCACCGUGGAGCAGCACACGCAGUGCCGCUGCGAUUGCCGCACGAAAGCGGAGGACUGCAACGUGUACCAGUCGUACCGCAAGGAUCUGUGCCGCUGCGAGUGCCACAACACGGACGCCAGGGACAAGUGCCUGGAGCAGGCCGAGAACAAGUACUGGGUGGACGACAACUGCACCUGCGUCUGCCGCUACAACCAGAGCUGCACCACCGGCACCGUCUUCGACGAGACGCAGUGCAAGUGCACCGACCCGGCUGCACCCCUCGAUGUUUUGGACCGCAAGCGCUUCAUUGUCCAGGCGGUACAGGUGGACCCCGAUAACACCACCCUGUACAGUGUUUGAGGAGUACGAAGUAGAAACGCCUACUUUCCUAGCGGGGUGAAUUCCCGAGUACUGAGAAGGUAAUUGCCGAGGAAUUGCACCGUGUACUUUACAUUAUUUAUAGUUAUCGAUUAAACCUAGGCUUUAACUGCAAUCCGCUUACACUAAACACACAGUAUUUACUCCCAUUCCAUCUGCGGCACAAAAAAAAGAAAAAUCUUUAAUUGAUUGCGCAGAAAUCUCUGCCAAUUGGAUAUUUACCUAAAAGUGUAUGGGUUGGUUGGUUGGCCAGUAAAAGACCACAGAAAAGUGCACUAUUAGAUAUAUUUUCGAAGUAUUUUAGAACUUUCGAGAUUUCUGCGCAAGUCCUGUGUAUUAAUUUUUAUGAAUUUGUUUAUAUAACAUUUUAAGCGCCUUUCACUUUGUCACGGCUUUGUACACAUUUGUUGAUUUCCGUUUGUUUAAGUUUUAAGUCAUCCAAAAUGAGUUGUCCACAAAUUAAGAGCUAAACAAUAAUCCGCCGUACUUUAUUUGUAUGUAACUUUUUUUUGUAAAAAAAAUGUUAGACUUAAGUUUACGUAAAGAAAAUGCAGACAAAGUAUUGAAUUA